AUGUCUCUCUCUUUACCCAAGAGUAAAAAAUGUCUCUCUCUUUACCCAAGAGUAAAAAAUGUCUCUCUCUCUUUACCCAAGGUAAAAAUGUCUCUCUCUUUACCCAAGAGUAAAAAAUGUCUCUCUCUUUUUACCCAAGAAGUAAAAAUGUCUCUCUCUUUACCCAAGAGUAAAAAUGUCUCUCUUUACCCAAGAGUAAAAAUGUCUCUCUCUUUACCCAAGAGUAAAAAUGUCUCUCUCUUUACCCAAGUAUGGCUCUCUGUCUUCCUUCCUACCCCCCUCUCUCUGUCUCCCUUCCUUUCUCCCUCUCUCUGUCUCCCUUCCUUUCUCCCCUCUCUCUGUCUCCCUUCCUUUCCCCCUGUCUCCCUUCCUUUCCCCCCUGUCUCCCUUCCUUUCCCCCCCUGUCUCCUUCCUUUGCCCUGUCUCCUUCCUUUUCCCCUCUCUCUCCCUUCCUUCCCCCCUCUCUCCCUUCCUUCCCCUCUCUCCCUGUCUCCCUCCUUUUCCCCUCUCUCCCUUUCUCCCCCCUCUGUCUCCCCUUCUCCGUCUCCCUUUCUCCCCCCUCUGUCUGUAUCUCCUCUGUAUAUCCAUUCCCCCAGAUUGUAA